AUGAGCGAUUCCGACGAUGGCUCUUCUCGUUCUUCUCGUAAAUCAUCGCUAACAAGCAGUAACACAGAAUCAGUUGAAUCGUGGAGUUUCCUCGAAUACGACGGGUCUUCGUCGGAUGUCUCACGAAAAGAAAAUUCAAGUAAUGAUGAGAGUGUGGUUCAUAUUGAUGAAGACGGCUUCUGUAAGCUGAAGGAAUAUUCGCAAUCUGGAAGUGAUGGAAGUAUCAGUGAGGAUAACGCGAUGAUCGAUUGUACUGAAGAAUCUGAUUCUACUAAAAAGGAUGAUUUAAAUAUAAGCUCAGUUAAAAGUGACUUUGUCGAAGAGAAUGUCCUAAUGAUCAUCAGAUGCAAUGAACUUUCACUGGAUCCUAAGGGCUAUGUUCGUGAAGAAAUUCAAAUAAAUUCCUCACUGGACAGUCACGAUAGUAUUACAGAAAAAAGCGAUGAUAUAUCGCCUUUCUGCUUUAUAUUUGAGGAUGAUUCUGAGAAAGUGGAACCGCUGAAUAAUCAGAACGGCAGUUUUCAUAACGAUUUAUUUUUGGAUACUCAGUCUCGUACGAUUUCAAAGGAGUUUAAAGACGACGAAUUUGGCAAAUUACUGAUUCAAGAAUGUUUUAACAAGAAAGAAUAUAGCCUACUCAGGUUGUGCGAUUUGGUUAAAGUUUUCAGCUUGAUUAUACUUUUCCAUGCCGUUUUUAUCUCAUUUCGAUCACUAAUCGAUUUCCAAAAUCGUCUCUUUUCCAACGGCACAUGUGAUGCAUAUGAACCCUUUCUUACAUGGCACAUGGCAAAACCGUCGUCCAAAUCUUCAGUCGAAAAGCCGUUAUCCAAUUUUCUUCCUUUCUAUGGAGAUUUACCUAUUUUUUCCGCAGAAAAAGAGCCAGAUUUCUCACUCUCACCUGAAAUUUCCAUUACGUCUGCAGCACGUAAAUGGAAAAACGAUCUCAUCCAAGUAUUAGAUGCAAUCAAACAAUCGACAGUGCCUAAAGUAGAAUUGCGCAGUUCAGAUGAACACAGACUUAUUGAACUGUUGAGCUUAACAUUAUGGAAUACGUCUUCAGUCUCCCAGAUUUCGGCCCAGGAUAAGCCGAGUUCUGCGGAGUUUUCAAUAUUCAAUGAAAGUUUGUGUCCUUUUAGUGACGAAGUUUUGAAUUACUCCGCGGUUACAGAAGAUAUGCAAAAAGCGAAAAGCCUUUCCAAAUCGAAGAUAAAAAAAGAAAUCACCGAAGGACCCCAGGGACCAGAAAGAGUUGAUAAGAAAGAACUGAAUAUGGUUUGGACAGCUAUGGGUAUCACAUCGUUGGGAAUAAUUACAUUUUCUAUUCGUCAUAGAUUCGGGUAA